CUAAAUUCAAAACCUUUAUGUGAUUUGGAUCCAUUUUAUCCCUUGCGUCCGUAACCAGGUCCUCACUCUCCUUUCGUUUUUCUCUACUCUCUGAGGCCAAAUCGCAGGCUACGGAGAGAAGAAAGAGAGAUGGGUGGGCUGACGAGCGCGGUGAUAGCCAUAGCAGGAGUUGUGCUGGGUUGGAUCACAAUAGAGAUCGCCUGCAAACCCUGCCUCGAACAAGGUCGCCAAGCCAUUGACCGCUCUCUCAAUCCCGAUUACGACCCGGACGAUGACCAAAAUGUCGACAUUCGAGCCCCUCUCAAUCCCAGCUCUUCACUUCCUCAAGAUUCCGAUCCUAAUGCCCACACUGCUUCUUCCGCUCCCAAAGUUAUCACCAUCUCCUGAUCACCUUUUUCUCUCUUUCGCCCGAGAAUUUGGGGAGCUACUGGGGACUGAAGUUGAGAGGAAGGUUGAUGGUAUGCUCAUAGGAGGAAGCAUGGCCCUAUGUAGCAGUGUUACAACAAUUGCCACUUCUAGGAUUAGGAUUAUGAGAGAAUCAUGAGAAGAAGCAUUCUGACUUUUAUCUAGCUUCAAAAUUUCCGAUGGGUACUGUCGAGUUUAAUAUAUGUUUGUUCCUCUCGAAAUUAUAAAUAACCAAAACCAGAGAAACCUAUAAUCUAAGCAAAAAUGAUAAAUGGUAUAACUCAAAUUAGGUGACAA